AUGCAAGGCGGCGCAGCAGCACCACCAGCGGCAGCAGCAGCGGGCCCUGGUGCGGCCAAAAUGGCUAUGGAUGAGGACGAGCUGGUCUCAAACCUUCUUUCACAGUUGGGGCAACCUGCCGUGAAGCUUGAGCCGUCCGAGGCUGCAGCAGUCGUGCCGGCGGCGGCUGCAUUGCCGGGAGCCCCCCGGCCGCCCCGACGCGCGGCGAGCAGCGGCGCGAGCGUCGCCACGGCUGGCCGUGGCGACGCGCCAGCUGUCAAAGCCUCGAUGCUAGCGCCCACGCCAGCGAUUGCCCUCGCCACGGCCAGCGCCGCGACUGCAGCGGCGCCCGCGUUGGCGCCGGCGCCGGCGCCGACUCCGGGUGUGGCCGGCGCUCGUGCCGCGCCCGCCCACGGCCGCAACGACGCCAGCAGCGGCGACAGCGCCCCCGGCACCAGCCACGACGGCGCCCUCAGCAGCGGGGCCAUGCGCGCCGACGCGGGCGGCGGCGGCGGCGCGAGCGCCAGCGGCUUCGCCGCCGGCGCGGACGGCCCCUGCAGGCAGCAGCAGGUCUUCAGCCUCUCCCUCAUCCGGCAGGACCGCGAGGCCAUCCAAAAGGCGACCGUCCAGGAGUUGUGGAUCAUGGCGCAGGACUACCUGCUCACCCCCCGCCCCUCGCGCCGCACGAGCUCGGGCGCGGGCGCGGGCUCGGCUCUGGACGACCCUGGCUUCGCCGCGCCGUCCCACGCGCGCGAGCGCCGCAGCAGCGGCGCGCGCGGGCUGCGCGCGACGGAGAAGCGCAAGGUCGAGUUGCUGGAGGCUGAGCUGGCGGCCAAGAUGGGGCAGCUGCAGCUGCUGCAGCAGCAGCGCAGCUGGCUGGCGGUGCGCGAGGCCGUGUUGAACGAUCUGAUGCGGGUCAACCAGUCGUCGGGGGCGCAGCCGCAGCAGGGGCAGCAGCAGCAGCAGCAGCAGCAGGGGGAGCAGCAGCAGCAGGAGAGGCAGCAGGACCUGUCGAUGAGUCAGCAGGAAAGCGACGAGGCAGGGCAGGCAGCGCGGGCGGCCAUGCCCGAGGCCAGGGGCGCCCCGAGCAGCCCCGACGACCGCGGCGCGGCGGCGGCGUUCGCGCUUGCGGCGGCGGCAACAGAGGCGGCGGGCCUGGGCCCCCCGCUCCCGCCAGAUGCAUGGGCAGCAGCCGCCGCGCAGGCGCGGGGCGGCGCGGACGGCAAAGAAGAGGGCGCGGCUGACGCGCGCGGCCUGCGCGCGAGGGGCGUGGACAAGACCGCAGCGCUGGUGCAGGCCUCAUUGGCCGGGAUCGCCGCCGACCCGGAGCUGCAGGCAACCCUCAAGAGCUGGUCAGUCAAGGAUUACCUGGACGCCUCGCGGGAGUAUGUGAAGCAGUACGCUCUGUACCUCCAGUUCUGCGAGGAGGACCCCGGGUCCAUGGCCCGGCUGGAGGCCGCCGUCGCGCGGCACCGGCGGCAGGAGUCGGCGCUGCUGGUGCUCAGCGUUGACCUGCUGUUUGCAGCACAGUACAGGCACCUUGAGACGGGGGAGCAGCACUCCGUCCCCGCUAGCCACUGGGCGCGCGCUCUGGAGCGCAUGCGGCCGCCGCUGCCGCCGGGCACGGAGCGGUCGCAGUUCCACUCCAUGCUGCUCUACCAGAAAACGAUGAAGUCCCGGCUGGACGCGCUGCUGCGGCGCUUUGAGAGCGUCAACCUCGUCCACAACCUCUACGCCGUCUACUCCCUCAACCCCCUCCAAUGGGCGAGCCUCUUUGUCGGCAGCUACCCGUUUGUGCCCAGCGUUUAUGUUGAGCUGUGGGGCGAGGCCCUCCGCAGAUACCUGCUUCGCCUCGCUGACGGCUGA